ACUGAGUCCGUGUUUGCCAACGGACAAACCUAAGUUUUGUGCAAGUGACAAGAUGGAUAUGCCCAACAUAACGACGGGCAAUUUCUCUGACGACGUCUACCAAAGAAACAUAACUUCGUAUGAAAGAAUUCUUCUCGAGUUGUUCACCAUCAUCGCCUUGAUGUCCCUAACGGCUAACUCUUUCCUUAUUUUUGUCAUCGUCAAGUACGAAAAGUUACGGGAAGACACAACCAAUCAAAUUUUCCUCCAUUUGAACAUUCUGCAAGCUGUGCUUUUGUUUUCCACGCCUUUGACUGUACGAAUUGCGAAUGAGUUUUUUUGGAGCACUGCGGUGCAUUUGCGUGUGUUUUGCGUCCUUUAUCAAGUGGAAACCAACGUUAUGUUUGCCAUUGUAGGAAUUUUAUUUCUCAUAGUUUGUGAUAGUUUUCUUAAAAUUUAUUAUGAAGACAAGUAUGCGAAGUUUCGCCGCAUUUGUAAGUUUUUUCUUGGGGGGAUUUAUGGCUCGACCGCAUGCAGUUCGUUACUUACGGUGCAGUACUGCAUAUUCAACCAUUACAUGGCUUUUUUUACUUACAUUGUUAUGGCUUUAGCUGUAUUUAUUUUCGUAUUGUUUUUAAUUGUUAUCAAUGUUAUCCACAGUUUUAAGAAAAGGAAACUAAAUUAUAAAUCGAGCAAUCUUGGAUUAGUGGUGCCAAAUAUUUUUUUCCUGUUGUGGUGUCCCUUUCUAAUAGUUCUUUUUGUAACACUGUUUUAUAAAAGCGCUCAUAUUACAACCAAAGCUUUAUUUCUGUUAGGUUUUUUAAGUCCUAUAUUUAACUUAGUUUAUGUGUAUUUUUGGGAUGAUAAUUAUAAUGUGUUUUUGAGACAAGUUUUCAUGUUCAAAUGUGGGAAAUACCAAAACGAUAAUUUGGAAGAUCAGUCUGUAGCUUACGACGCGAAUGGUGUCCACAUUACGCAAAACUAAAUUAUAGAAUAAAAAACUAAAUGAAGGUUUUAUCAUUAUGGCAACCCACAACGCACAUCUUCCUUCGACCGGUGGGUUUGACCAUCCGAAGGCUUGGGCAACCUUCUGGCACACAUUUAAUUAUAAUGAGCGUCUCCACACGUGUAACUCAACCCCAGUCUUGUUUCACUAAAUGUGCGCGGAACAGUUACAAUGACUAAGCUUAACGAGAUUCCAUACGAAACGUUUCGAAGAAUUUAUUUUGAAUUGCUCGUAGUUGUGAGUCUCAUAUCCCUAGCGGCCAACUUCUUGCUUAUUUUCGUCAUGGUUAAGUACAAGAAGCUGCGACAAGACACAACUAAUAAACUCUUCCUCCACUUCAACGUCUUCCAAGUUGUGCUUUUAAUCGGCACAAAUGUAGGGCAUAAGCUUCUCUUUGAUUAUGAAUUUUCCGAAACCACCAAAACGUUCAAUCGUGUCUUGUGUAUUUUUUACCAACUCGACGUGGGUCUCUUGUUCGGCAUGUUCGCGAUUUUGUGUCUCCUGGUAUGUGAUGGCUUUAUCAAAAUUUAUCACAAAAAAAAGUAUCACAGUUUCGGCUUUUAUUGUAAUUUUGUUCCUUUUGGAAUUUAUCUUUUACCCGUUUGCUUUGCUGUCGUUAUGGUACCACAGUGCGAAUCAGAUGAGUAUUUUAGUCUUUUGAUUUACUUCAUCACGGUCGGAGUUACGGCUACUUUGGCAUUGUUGUUAAUUAUUGCUAAUAUUAUUCAUGCCGUAAGGAAAAGAAAGCUAACUAAUUACAAUUCGAGCAAUAUCGGAUUAGUGGUGCCAAAUAUUUUCUUCCUUUUGUGGUGCCCUACUCUGACGAUAGUUUUGCUAUCAUUGUUCGUUUUGCACGCUCCAGUUAGUGUCACAAUUCUGUCCGUUCUGUUGUUUGCAAAUCCUUUAAUUAACUUGCUCUUUGUUUAUUUCUAUGAUAGUGACUAUCAUACGUGCUUGAGACUAACUUUUACGUGCAAAUGUAGGGAAUAUAACAAUGUGAAUUUGGAAGAGCAGGCUGUAACUCUUAACGAUGUAAAUGAUGGCGUACUAAUUACACAAAACUAAAUUAUUGUUUUGUAUUUUUUUUAAUAAAUGGAUGUAAACAAUGUUUUUUAUUAUAAUGAUUCUUAAAAAAAUAAGGCGCGACGAGUUGUUGUAAUUACUGGUUUAUUUUGUUUUGCGAAUUACGGCCAAUAAAACUGGGUCAGCACACACAUAAUACUUUCAUUGAAUAUCACUUGCUGGCCACAUUUGAUAAGUUGAGUCAUCUGAACAUGGCUGAAACCUUGCGCACAUUUCGAAGUAUCAAGUUAAUUAUAAAUUCACUCGACGUUGAAAAUUUCAACCUCGUAGCCGACAGUAUUGUAUACAAGUCUGAGCAGUAAACACACGAUGAAUAAUUCUAGCCAAAUUCCAUAUGAAACUUACGUCAAGAUUUUGUCCUAUUCGUUUAUUGUUACGACCCCGUUCGCUCUAGCAGCCAGCAUCAUCCUAAUCUUCGUCAUUCUCAGAAAUAAGAAGCUACGAGGAGACACAACUAAUGUAAUCUUCCUAUUUUACAAUGUUUUUCAAAUUGUGAUGUUGCUAGCUACGGCUGUGGCGCCACGAAUAUUAGUGCUUUACUUGGAUGGUUAUAUUUCACUCUGUAUACUUGCAGAAGUCGAUUUCAGUGCUGUCAUAGCCAUAAUGGCAGUUUCAGUUCUUCUAAUUUGCGAUAGUUUAUCCAAAAUUUAUCACAACAACACGUAUAAAUCUUGUAACUGGGUUAGUAAGAUUUUUAUUGUUGUAAUUUUUAUUGUAACAGCCGGUAUUCUCUUUUUUACAAUUCCUUUAUGCAACUCAAAUCAGUAUCUGCUUAUGUUCAAUCUGUUUAUUCUGAUGGGUGUUGCAGGCAUUUUUACGUUAAUUGUAGUUAUUAUGAAUAUUGUUCAUGCCAUAAAGAAAAGAAGGUUGACUGAUUACAAGUCGAGCAAUAUUGGGUUAGUUGUAGCAAAUAUUUUCUGCCUCUUGGUGGCUCUUACUGUAGGAUACUAUUCUCCGAUACUAUUUAAUGGCGAAACAGUUACAAUUAUUGGUGGUAUUUUACUUAUAUUGGUUUUCUCAAAUCCUAUAAUUAACUUACUGUAUGUUUACUUUUUUGACAGUGAUUAUAACGUGGCCUUAAAGCAAACUUUUUGUUGUAGGAAAUACGAAAAUGUAAAUUUAGAUGAUCACUCUGUAACGUAUAAUAAUGAGGCAAAUGGUGUCCUAAUCAGUAAUCACCCAUGAAUUUAAUAUAAGUGCACUUUUUAUAUUUUUCUAGUUACUAAUAAAAUAUUUUAUAUAUUUCAUUACUCUAUUUAAAUAUUUUUGUACUUCCACAAUGAUUGUAAAUGACGUACUACGACAUACCCCAGUGCCAAUAAUUUUGUACUUCGUUAUGUAUUAUAAAUUAAAAUCGUUUUUAAUUAAUCGCCGCAUUUUUCUUAUUAAAUAUAUGAUUUCAGGAAUAACGCAAAUACAUGUUAGCAAUUUACAAAGAACCGGUACAACAUAACUUAUUAAUAAAAAUUAAAUGGGUGCCGAUUAUAUUGAAGAAAAAAGUAUAAAUUCAAUUUUGAAGAUACUUUUUAACCCACUUUUGCGUUUUUUGAAAUUAUCAAGUUAUUUACCAAUAAAUUUUAAGAAAUGUGAAAAUAAAACACAUCAACAACAGGGCCAACAUAGUAUAAGACAGAAAUCAUUGAUGAUUUAUCUUUGUUCGGUGAAUUUUGAAUUCCCAGUAGUAAGUACUACGAGCAAAUUCAUUCCCACUCUGUCCGACCACAUUUUAUAUGACUCAUCCGAAAGUCAGAAACCUUGCGCACAUUUCAGAGCAGGAAUAUAUUUACGAGUAUUUACAAACCCAGUUCGCUGCUGAGUCCAGUCCAUUAUUAUUAACGCGUAAAACUGCUACUGACUGGCUUGUAAAUACACAAUAUUUGUGCAACAACCCGCUUUCCAGAUGGACAUUUCAAAUGGAAUGCACUUACGAGUCUUUGCCGAAUUGUUUACAGUCGUGGCUUUAUUGUCGAUAGUGGCCAACUCCUUCCUUAUUUUCGUCAUUCUCAAAUACAAGAAACUGCGAGAUGAUACAACUAAUAAACUGUUCCUACAUUUCAAUAUUUUACAAAUUGUGAUUUUGAUUGCUUCGCCUUUGGGAAUACUACUGGAAGCUUACUCGGUCGAUUUACAAUUCGAGUUUAUGUGUGGUUUUCUGAUAAUCGUAUUUAGUGCCCUGUUCGGUCUACUCGAAAUUAUAUGGCUCCUUAUCUUUGAUAGUUACAUCAAAUUUUACUGUAACAACAAGUAUGAACGCUUUGGAAGCGUUUGUAAAUAUGUUCUUGUUGUCAUUUAUAUUUUAACGGUAAUCACGCCUUUUCCUGCAAUACCAUGGGUUACAGCGAAUCCAGCUGGGAUUGGGCUUUUUUACUAUGUUAUGGUACCUGGAGUGGCCCUUUUGGCAUUGGUUUUGAUUAUUAUUAAUGUUAUACAUGCGAUCAGGAAACGAAAGUUAACUAAUUACAAGUCGAGUAAUAUUGGAUUAGUGAUACCAAAUAUUUUCUUCCUAGUGUUGUGUCCUUCUCUAAUCAUAUUUUUAUGUCUAAUAUUGCUUGAUUUAGAAGCUCCAAGUAUUAUACAAAUUUUGUGUUUGUUAGUUUACGCAAAUCCGAUAUAUAACUUUUUCUAUGUUUACUUUUUCGACAGUGAUUACAAAGUGUUCUUAAAACUAAGUUUUACGUGUAAAAGUGGAGAAUACGACAGUGUAAAUUUGGAGGAUCAAUCUGUAACAUAUCAUGAUGCAAAGGAGAGUGUAUUACACACCCAAUAGUAAAUUGAUGUUCUUAUGUUGUAAUGUUUACUGUUUUAUAUUUUUUUAAUUAAUAAAACUAUUAUAUUUA